UCAGCUCAUAGGACAACAGCAGAUCAGCAACCAAUGAGAACCAAGAGAAAGGUCAUAAAUGUGAUAAUCCCGAAAAAGCUUCUGUUCUCCUGUCAACAUGAUCGAACAUGUUUGCUGCCGCAUGAGAAGGAACUGAAGUUUUACUACAGAGAAGAACUUUUGGCUAUUGGUUUUUAAAGAAUCCCUGUGGAAUAGUGUUUGGAGAAAAACGAGUUUGACUGGAUUUGUUAUGGAUUUGUUGACAUUUGUUGCAUGGUGAAAUUGCACAAAGAUCCUCUGAAGAAUGUAACCCAGUUUUCUAAAAAACAGAAGCAUUGGAAAUCUGAAAAAAACAAAAAAAAAAAACAAAGGCUUUGGGAUUCCUGAAACAGUUUCAUCAUGUUGCAUGUGGAUUUCAGAUCACUGAUUCAGCCUAUUGGCAUUGUUCGGAUGGUGGCGGUGGUUCUGACAUGCAUCUGCUUUGCAUUGGCGGCAUCAGCGGGAAUCCCGACUGUAGCCAAGUCCCAUUGGGCUUGGUGCAUGUUCUGCUGGUGCUUCUGCUGUUUCACAACCCUCCUGAUCCUCAUUUUGGAGUUUACCAACCUGAACCUGAACAGCAAAGUGCCCAUUUCCUGGGAAGACUUCACCAUGGCUUUUGCUAUGUUGGCUACACUUAUGAUGUUCACCAUUGCGAUCAUAUACCCCACGUUCUUCGCCAGCUCCUCCAAAUCCAGGCAGAUCGGGGCGUCUGCGGUGUCCUGGUUGUGUUUCGGGCUGUACGCCGCCGAGGUCUGGUUGGUCCACAAAAGGCCUGGUGAAACGAGCGGCUUCCUCACCACCGUUCCCGGUCUCCUCAAGAUCCUGGAGACAUUCAUCACAUGCAUCAUAUUUAUGUCAUUGAGCCCCUUCGAAUAUAGGAAGUCUCCGGGAACAGAGUGGUGCGUGGCCGUCUACUCCUUAUGCUUCAUUUUUUCACUGCUGAUUAUUUUCGUCACCAUCGCCAAACUGUCUUCCAUCUUUCCGUUUUCUUUCGACUAUGUGGUCAUUAGCUUCAACAUCCUGGCUGUGGCUAUGUACGCAACUGCUGUUGUUAUCUGGCCGCUGUAUGUAUUUAAAAAUAACUCACGUCCAGCAGAUUGUAAAAACUGUACGUGGGAUGAUCUGGUGGUGGUGACCUUCAUGACCGUCAUUAACUUCUUAGUAUACAUUGGAGAUAUGGCCUACUCUGUUAAAAUAGUAUUCUUUACCCAACAUGUGCAAGAGUAACCCAUGCCAUAUCUUUGGUUUAACAUAAAAAAAUAAUGUAUGUAACAUGAGUAAGGAUGUUAUUGUAUAUAGAGUGGAUAUAUUGACGGGAUUUCACUUUUCAAAGGUAAAUGUGGCCGCACCCUAUUCAGUCACAUUAUGUACAGAAGAGAAGAAGAACCUGCUACAACAGUUGCACUAUAUUUUACAGUGUGUGUACUUACAUGUACUUAUUGUGUAUUUAUCCAAGAAAGUUCUAGGAAUACAAGGUAACUACAUGGAAUAGGGUUAGGUUUAGGGGUAUGUUCAGUGUUAGCACCUUACAUAGGUAUUGUAAUGACCAUAAUAAGUACAUAGUAUGUAGAGUACUGUAAAAUAAAGGGCUACCGGUACAACAGGAAGGUAUCGAUUGAAGUUACUCCGCAAUAAUAUACUUGACUGUAACUUUGUACAGUGCUUUUAAUUUUUUAUCUUUUGUUACCAAUAUGUUAGCAAUCUUAUUUUUGUCUGUUGUUGUACAUUUUCACAGAAAGCCGGAAGGUUGUAUGAUGUGAAAAAUAUUGAGAGACAAUCAGAAGUUUUUGAGAUUUUGUAGCUGGUUUUAAUCUAAAGCCAGCGUAAGUAGUGUCACAGAAAAUGAAGAAAUGGUUGAAGUUUACCCUGUUGAUUUUAA